UCCGCGCGGGAUCUGCGUGGCUGCUGGCAGCUCCACGCAUUCACCGGCUGGUUCAUUCAGGGACACACGCAUGUCUCCUCCGCAUCCCGGGAUUGGAAGGAUGGCUCUGCAAUAGCUUGCCAAGGGGAUGUUUUGCUCUAGCAGUCUGCUGAAGAGAGUAGUGAGCACUUCUUCCAGGGACUAUGAAUCCGUUAAAUACAGAUCCCACGUCAACCCCCUCCGCGUCUGUUGAUCCGAGAUCCUCCGCCACCGUCGCCACGCCGCCACAGAGGCCCGGAGAACCAUGGGAAGUGUGAGCAGCCUGAUAUCGGGUCACAGCCUCCACAGCAAACACUGCCGCGCCUCCGAACACAGGCCAAAGAAGGCCCCGUCGUCCAAGAAGUCGGGCCGCAGCCUGGACGGCCUGCUGAGAUAUGGCUUCUCUCAGGACCCCGCCCACAACGAAGCCAAAGCCGCCUUCCAGUCGGGCAAGAGCGACGACUUCUUUUACAUCAAGGUAAGCCAAAAGCCAAGGGCGGGCCACCGCAGGAGCACCACGGAGGAGGACCAACCAGAGGGACUGGCUGUCAUGGAAACGGGCAGGCGCACGCCGCCAAAACUCGUGCCCAUGUCUGGAAAGCUGGAGAAGGGCAUCGAGAAGGGUCUGGUGCGGCCGACAGCUUUCAAGCCCGUCAUUCCCAGGAGCAGCACUUACUCAGACAGCCAUAACCCCCUGAGCCAGAUCAAUGGCAAAAGACUGAGCCCCUCCGACAGGGCCAAGGACCAGCUGGAGCGGAAGCCGGACGCUAGCUCUGGGACUCUGUCAGAUUCGGGCCGCAACUCCAUGUCCAGCCUGCCCACCCACAGCACCAGCGGCAGCAGCCAGACGGACAACCUCAGCGGCUCCACGGGCCUGCUGAUCCGCUGCGGGGGCUCCGCGCACGGCGUGGGCCUCCCCCAGCACCUCGGUGUCGGACUGUCCGGGCCUGGGGGGGGCGCCACCAAGGCCCCCGGCCCCUCGCCCGAGCAGCACGACCCCCUCUCGGAGAUCGCCUGGGGCUGCGUGCGCACCCCCAUCUCCAUGGACGAGUCCCUCAUCCAGCAGCUGGAGCAGAGGCUCCUGGAGAGGGAGACGGAGCUCCAGGAACUGCAGGUCAGCUUCGAGGAGAAGGAGACCGACACCUGCCAGCUCUUCCAGGAGAAGCAGAAGUACUGCGCCGAGGAGAUGGAGGGCCUCAAGCAGAGGUGCUCCACCAAACUGCGCCAGGUUUCCCAGAGGGGCGUCCGGGCGCAGCAGCUCCUCCAGCAGCAGGUCCUCCAGCUCCAGGAGGAGAAGAAGCAGCUGGAGGAGGACAUGACCCAACUGUCUCAGGAGAAGGACCUGAUGGAGGUCAAGCUCAGGUCCUACGAGACCAAGCAGACCCAACUGGUCCCAACGCUGGAGGAAACUCAAUGGGAAGUCUGCCAGAAAUCUGGAGAGAUCUCCCUGUUGAAGCAGCAGCUGAAAGACUCUCAGGCCGACGUGACUCACAAGCUGAACGAGAUUGUGAGCCUGAAAGGGGCGCUCAAGGAGACAAAGAGCGCGAUGGAGGCGCUGGAGCAAAAAAACAAGGAGCAAGAGGAGGCCGUCCGCUCACGGAUCGUGGAGGUGGAGGUGUGCGAAAACGAGCUCCAGAGGAAGAAGAACGAGGCCGACCUGCUCAGGGAGAAAGUGAGCCGGCUGGAGACGGACGUCAGGGCCAUGAAGCAGGACCUGGCCCUGGCCAAGGAGCAACAGCGGAGCAGCAGGGAGGCUGCCAGAGGGGGCCAGGGCAGGGUUAAAGGUCAGCCGGAGGGCGGGGCCGAGGAGGACGGGGAGGCCCUGCUGAGGGAGGUGGACAGGCUGAGGCGGGAGCUCAGGGAGGAGAGGCAGAGGAAGGAGAAGAUGGCCAGCAGCUUCCAGCAGGAGCGUCAGACGUGGAACAGGGAGAAGGACAAGGUCAUCAAGUACCAGAAGCAGCUCCAGUACAACUACCUGCAGAUGCACAGGAAGAACAAGGACCUGGAGAAGAUCCUGCGGGAGCUGACCGCGGAGAUGGAGAGCCGGACGGAGCUGGACGCGGACGUCCAAAGCGCGGACAUUCACUACGAGGAGAUCAUCGCCACGCAGAUCUGAGCCCCCUGGGGCUAAGGCAACGCUGGAUUAAGAAAGACCGAUGAUGCGACUCACACGCCGGCAAUAACGAAGGCCUCUUCCAAAGCGGGCUGCUUCAACUUGAAGCAUUACUUCUGCAUGUUUCAAACGACCUCCUCGAGACUUCCUCAAAUACUUACUGUGGUUAACCAACACCACAUUUGUUUAGGUACCAAACUACUGGAUGUACAUUUCAUUUUGUUUGAACUGCUAACGAUUAUUUAUUUUGAUAACGAAAACGAUGUUAAUUCAUGUCCAUGGAGAUUUGUAUACAAAAAUGAAAAAAGCAAAAAAAAAAAAAAAGUAUUCACUUACUAGUGAUGUCACAUUUUUUCCCCACUUCUACAGAAAAAAUUGAUUUGCACAGAGUAUCAGUGCACACAACUGUACGAGGGCACAGUACUCUAAACAAAUAAUACCUUACUGGUAUCAAUUGCCCCAAGAUUUAAACUGCACAAGGUUUAUGUACUGAGUAGGCGUAACUGCGGGUGCAAUCUACUGUCACUGAAUAGGCUCAUUCAAAGCUCUCUCCUGAUCAUUUAAAUGUCAUAUAUACUGUACACCUCAGUGCAGGUGAUUAGGUAUUCAUGUGAUUUUUUAUGUGGAAAACUGUCGUUUAUUAAUAUUCAAUGCAAUGCAAAAUCGAACACUUUCAUUUUAGUGAAAGCCAGAGCACACUGUAUCAGCUGAACAGAAUGUAUGUUUUUGCAGCAUAUUAUUAAGGCUUACAUUUUGCAGACAACCAAAUUAUUUUU